AGGUCGGGCUCCCCGACUGCAGCCCGAGCCUGAACUCGCAGACCGCGCCCCCGCUGCCAUAGGUCAGGUUCCCAGCGCUGUUCUGGAGCCGCCGCCCGAGCCAUGAAGAUGCACUUCUGUAUCCCGGUGUCCCAGCAGCGGCUUGACGCGCUGGGGGGCCGCUACGUGCUGUACUCCGUGUACCUGGACGGCUUCCUCUUCUGCAGGGUGCGCUACAGCCAGCUGCAUCGUUGGAACGAACAGCUGAGGCGGGUCUUUGGAAAUUGCCUGCCGCCCUUUCCACCGAAGUACUACCUCGCGAUGACCACAUCUAUGGCUGAUGAGAGGAGGGAUCAGUUGGAACAGUAUUUGCAAAAUGUAACCGUGGACCCAAACAUGCUGAGAAGCGAUGUCUUCGUUGAUUUUUUAAAACGGGUGCAGCUGGACACAUUCAGCAUCACUACCAAGAAAGCCUCUCUGGAUGUAUUUCUGCCGGAUGGAAGGAGUAUUCAGGUCGAAAUUCUAACAUCAGACACUGCCGAAAGAGUCCUAGAGGUGGUGUCACACAAAAUUGGACUGUGUCGGGAGCUCCUGGGCUACUUCGGCCUAUUUCUCAUUCGGUUUUGCAAGGAGGGCAAGUUCUCUGUCAUGAAAAAAUUGGCAGACUUUGAGCUCCCUUAUGUUAGUCUUCGAAGUUCUGAAGUGGAAAACUAUAAGGUUGGACUCAGGAAGUGGUACAUGGAUCCAGCCCUCGAUUCCAUGCUGAUGGACUGCAGAGCAGCUGUAGAUUUGCUCUAUAUGCAGGCAAUCCAGGACAUUGAAAAUGAAUGGGCCAAACCCACACAGGUGCAGAGGCAGAAAUUAGUGGCUCUCCAGAAAGAAGACAACCAAACACAGUUUUUGGAGCUGUCCCGGGAGGUACGGCACUAUGGAUACGUGCAGCUGGAUCCUUGUACCUGUGACUACCUGGAACCAGGCUGUGGGGCCAUUGUUUCUGUUGGCAAUAACGAGAUCAGCUGCUGCAUAACCCUGCCUGAUAACCAGACCCAGGACGUCAUUUUCCAGAUGAACAGAGUGAAGUGCUGGCAGGUCACUUUCCUUGGAACUCUGCUGAAUAUGGAUGGGCCCCAGCAAACUCUCCACCAGAACUUAGAGCUCAGAUUUCAGUAUAGCAGGGAUAGUCGCUGGCAGUGGUUUGUUAUUUACACCAAACAGGCUUUUUUGCUGAGUAGCUGCUUGAAAAAGAUGAUCUCAGAAAAGAUGGUAAAGCUAGUUGCAGAGAAUCCAGAAAUGCAGAUUGAAGUUCCGGAACAAGGCAAAAGUAAAAAAUACCGCAUUCAACAAAGCCAGAAAGACUAUUCUAGUUUUCUUCCAAGAAAAAGCAAGAUUAAGACAGAGAAAGUGGACUGUGUUUUUGGGACCAUAAAGGAAGAAGAUCUUUGAAGAGAUAGUCAAUGUCCUCUAAGGCUGUCUCUACAGUGAAAGAGCUUGCAGGUUGAAAGUGUGCUUCCUACCAUCAAUGGAAGAAAUCUGACCCUUUCCCAUUUUGUUGAUGUUAAGAUGGACCAUAUUCAUCAAGACUACUUCAGAACUCUCUUAAUCUCAAGAUUAAAAAGAAAUACGAACCAAAGUUAUACGGUUUGUUUUUAGUGACUCAUAAAGGACAAGUGGAAAAUCCAAAUCAAUUAGUAGGAAGCUCAUUCUUUUUUCUUUCUAAAGUAGAUGUUUACCUAGCUUCAUGAAGUCUUAUAUAUCUUCUGAUAUUACAAGAAUGAAAGGCUUCAUAUAAAACAGUAUGAAUGCAUUUGGGGUUAAGUUCUGAAGAUGUGAUGACUCAUCAGCUGAGGAGAAUGUGGCUCUGUCUGAGAAAUGGAAUCAUUGCAAGAGAAAUCCAGGCUUCACUGAUCCAUCCACAGCACCAGAGCAAGGAGGUGAUGAACUACUGAUUUGGUUCCUUACAUAAUCUGGAGCCUACCAAUAUGGAUGUACUCAAAGUAAUAGGC